AUGCAUCUCAUCCUUACUGGAGCCACUGGCCUCGUUGGCUCUAGCGUGCUUGACGCUAUGCUCAAGUCAAAAGACAUCACCAAGAUCUCAAUACUGAGCCGAAGACCAGUGCCGAUGGCAGCAGGUGAUUCCAGAGUCAAUGUCAUCACUCACAAUGACUUUACGAGAUACAAUUCAGAAGUCCUUGAUCAGCUUCAAGGCGCAAACGGUGUGGUCUGGGCGUUGGGUAUCAGCCAGCUCAAAGUGACAAAAGACGAAUAUGUCACCAUCACCAAAGACUUUCCGGUUGCUGCUGCGAAAGCCUUUUCCAAGAUAUCACCUACCAAGGAACCUUUCCGAUUCAUAUACGUUUCUGGCCAUGGAGCUACCCUUGAGCCGACUUCAUUUACACCCAUCUUCGGUCGUGUGAAAGGUGAGACUGAGAAGGCACUUUCUGAGCUACAUGCGCCGUCGAAAUUCCACGUCGAAUCUGUACGUCCUGCUGGGGUAGAUGCUACAAAUCAUGAGGCUAUCAAACCAUAUAUUCCCAACCCUGGUAUGCUCUACAACGCUAUGUAUUCGCUCAUGGGUCCCCUCAUGAGAACCGCACUUCAGUCGUUGCAUAGCCCAACGGAGAAACUUGGCCCUUUUCUCAUGAAUAUGGCGAUGGGGAAGUAUGACAAGCGGUUGGAUGCUGGAGGAAACGGCAUCUCCAGUAUCAACGGCUCGAGGAUACUGGAAAUUGUAGCGUUCCAACGGUUGUAUGAGCAAUGA